GUGCAUGAGUUGCUAACGAUUUAACUCUCCAAGGAUUGUAGGAUCUUGGAUCCGCCAUUGCGGCAUCCGGAUUGGCUUGACCAUUUAUGGGUCAACAUAUUGUAACCCACACCCGUUUCAAACAGCCGGGUCACAGGUCACCGGUGGGAAAUGGGAAAACCCGUUUUGCCGCACUAGGCUACAACAAAACGAUAUCAUCCAACUGCAUUGGCCAUCUCCAUAAUCGAUCGUUCCCCUGCUUCAGUUCGGUCUUUCUGCAAAGAGAGAGAGAGAGGGAGGGAGAAAUGGGUUCGGUGGGAGAAGACGAGGAGUUCUACGUUCGGUACUACGUAGGGCACAAGGGGAAGUUCGGGCACGAGUUCUUGGAGUUUGAGUUCCGGCCAGACGGGAAGCUCAGGUACGCCAACAACUCCAACUACAAGAACGACACCAUGAUUCGCAAGGAGGUCUUCCUCUCCCCCGCCGUCCUCCGCGAGUGUCGCCGCAUCAUCGCCGACAGCGAGAUUAUGAAGGAAGAUGAUAAGAACUGGCCAGAGCCUGACCGCGUUGGUCGGCAAGAGCUUGAGAUUGUGAUGGGCAACGAGCAUAUAUCCUUCACAACUUCGAAGAUUGGGUCACUUGUUGAUGUCCAGAGCAGUAAGGACCCUGAAGGGCUUCGCAUUUUCUAUUACCUCGUUCAGGACCUGAAGUGUUUUGUGUUCUCACUCAUUUCGCUCCACUUCAAGAUUAAGCCAAUAUGAGAGGGAUUCAAAUGUUUGCUCAAGUUCAUUGGUAACUGUUGUGACCAUUUGUUCUUUGUUUUUGUUUUUAUCUGGCUGUGUGUGAUACAUACAAUGCUCUACAGUUAUUUGUAAAACCAAGAUAAUUUUUCAAAAGAAAAAAAAUCUCCAGCUACUGUUGCCUUUCCAA